CCAACACUCCCAACCACAACCAAAAGCCCGGUCUGAGCGCGGGUGCUGCUCCGCGGCGAAGAUGGCGGCGCUUGUUUCUCUCACUCAGCUUUCCAGUGGAAAUCCCGUGUAUGAGACUUACUACCGUCAGGUGGAUCCAGCUCAUACAGGAAAAGUUGAGCCAAAUGAAGCAGCAUUGUUCCUGAAGAAGUCUGGUCUCUCUGAUGUUAUCUUAGGAAAGAUUUGGGAUUUGGCAGACCCUGAAGGCAAAGGCUACCUGGAUAAACAGGGCUUUUAUGUGGCUUUACGCCUGGUAGCGUGUGCACAGAAUGGCCAUGAUGUUAGCCUGAGCAGUCUAAAUGUGACAUUGCCACCACCCAAAUUUCAUGACAGCAGUAGUCCAUCUCUGGUAGCACCUCCACCCUCCUCAGACACGCAAUGGGCUGUAAGGCCUGAAGAGAAAGCCAAAUUUGAUGGAAUAUUUGAAAGCUUGGCUCCACUAAAUGGCCUCCUCUCCGGUGAUAAGGUCAAACCUGUGUUGAUAAAUUCAAACCUACCUCUGGAUGUCUUGGGAAGGGUUUGGGAUUUGAGUGAUGUUGAUAAGGAUGGCCACCUGGACAGAGAUGAGUUUGCUCUGGCAAUGCAUCUUGUUUACAGAGCCUUGGAAAAAGAGCCAGUUCCAUCUGUUUUGCCAUCUUCACUUCUGCCACCGUCCAAGAGAAAGAAACAAGGACCAACACUUGCUGGUGCUGUACCUGUGCUACCUGCCAGCCCUCCACCUAAAGAUAGCCUGCGAUCUACUCCUUCACAUGGCAGUAUUAACAGCCUAAAUAGUGCGGGCAGCAUCUCUCCAAAACACAUUAAACAGCCAGUUAAUUGGGUUGUGCCAUCAAAUGACAAAAUGCGGUACGAUGACAUCUUCCUCAAAAUAGAUUUGGAUAUGGAUGGGUAUGUCAGUGGCUUGGAAGUCAAGGAUAUCUUCAUGCAGUCGGCACUUCAUCAGAACAUCCUGGCUCAUAUCUGGGCACUGGCCGACACAAAACAGAUAGGGAAACUGAACAGGGAACAGUUUGCUUUAGCAAUGUAUCUGAUUCAGCAGAAGGUCAGCAAAGGAAUUGACCCUCCACAGAUGCUUACUCCUGAAAUGAUACCACCGUCAGAGCGGACUACGCCAGUAUCAAGCCUCUCAGGCUACAUGAUUCCUGUUGGGCCUGAUAUUUCGCAACUAACAGAAAUGAGGCGUGAUAGCACAAGUUCGGUCGGCUCAGGAGAUUUUACUGGCAUCAAAGAGCUGGAUGCAAUUAGCAAUGAAAUCAGUGAACUACAAAGGGAGAAAUAUAUAUUGGAACAAGACAUCCGAGAGAAAGAAGAGGCCAUCCGACAGAAAACAAAUGAAGUACAGGAACUACAAAAUGACCUGGACAGAGAGAAUAAUAACCUGCAGGAGCUGGAGUCCCAGAAGCAGGCUGCCCAGGACAGGCUGGAUGAAAUGGACCAACAAAAGGCCAAGCUCGAAGACAUGCUCAGUGACAUCCGGCAGAAGUGUCAGGAGGAGAACCAGACGAUUUCAUCGCUGAAGACACAGAUUGCAAAUCAGGAGUCAGAUAUGCAGUCCCAGGAAGAGGAGCUAAACAAAGCCAAGACCGAGCUAAAUAAACUGCAACAAGAGGAAUCACAAUUAGAACAGAGCAUUGAGGCUGGCAAAGUGCAACUUGAAACAAUCAUCAAAUCACUAAAAUCUACUCAGGAUGAAAUUAACCAGGCAAGAAGUAAACUUUCCCAAUUACAAGACUCACAGCAGGAAGUUAGUAAAAAUAUUGACCAAUACAGCAGUGCGUUGAAUGGCUCGUUAACUGAUCAUGGUGGGAGCAUGACUAACCUGGCAGACAUGAGCGAUGGCCUCGCAGAGAGAGACAGUGGCUUUGCAACAAUGGAUGAUCCCUUCAGAGGCAAAGCAUCACCAUUCAAUAAUAAUGUUCAAGAACUGCAUACAGACCCAUUUCAGUCAGAAGAUCCUUUCAAGACAGAUCCAUUCAAAGGGGCUGAUCCCUUCAAAGAUAAUGAUCCAUUCCAAAAUGACCCAUUUGCCCAACAACAGGCUGCUGCAACAGAUCCAUUUGGUGCCGAUCCAUUUAAAGAAAGUGAUCCUUUCCAUAACGUAUCAUCUGAUGAGUUCUUCAAGAAAACGCCAAAGAGCGAUCCUUUCACAUCUUCAUCCACUGACCCUUUCAUCAGAGAGCCCACUGUGCCACCAAAAGCCGACCCCUUUGGAAAUAGUGAUCCUUUUGCACCGGCUGCAUCCAAGGGCGCAGAUCCAUUUGGAACGUUGGACCCUUUUGGAAGUAGUGCCUUUGGGAGUGGAGGUUUUGCAGACUUCACCCAGAUGUCCAAGCCCUCAAAUCCAGAUCCUUUUGCUACUGCUGGCUCGGGAAAGUUUGGAGGGCAUGGAUUCACUGAUGACCCUUUUCAAAGUAAACAAGAUACACCAGCACUGCCCCCAAAGAAAAGUGUUCCCCCACGACCUAAAGCACCCCCUAGUGGUAAAAGUACCCCUGUAAACAGGCCUGGCUCGGCCGACUCUGUCAAGUCCCACGAUCCUUUCCAGCCCUUUGGUGCUGAUGACGGUGAUCCGUUUCAAAGUAAAAAGGGGCUCGGUGACCCAUUCAGCGGUAAAGAUCCCUUCGCGCCUACUUCCUCAAGUAAAACUUCUAAAGACUCCUCUUUGGGUUUUGCAGACUUCAGCUCUUUUGGUAAUGAAGAACAGCAGCUGGAAUGGGCAAAAAGGGAGAGUGAAAGAGCAGAACGUGAGAGAUUGGAACGGUUGCGAAAGCAAGAACAAGAGGACCUAGAGCUUGCAAUAGCACUCAGCAAAGCAGAAAUGUCUAAUGUGUAAAUAAUGCCCUGGUCCACUUAAUAAAAGGUGUGUGAACUGUCAAAGUGAAGGGCGAAAGAAAUGGAAAGGAAAGAGAACAUGAGCAGACACUGGGUAUUCUGAGUGCACUGGACGGUAACUGGCUCCAACAGCACCCCAAAUCCUCUCCAGGUGGCAUCUAAACAAUCACUUUGUGGACCAGUGGGAUAAUUUGCAUGGACUUGGUUGGGGGGGUUGGGGAUGGGGGAGUGGGGUCACAGGAAAUGAGGUUGCUUAUAAGACUACUCUUUGUAAUUAAAAAGGAGAGAGAACCCGUACUAUUCUCAUUCAAUUAGCAAUUUCAGAUCUUGUGUUUAUGCACAUGAAAGACUUGAAAGCUUUGUUACCAAUGCUAACUAAAUUUAACUGCGGUAUUGAGAGAAGUAAAGCCAAACCCCUGCACUCUGUCUCUCAAAGGAAGAAAUACAUAAUAUAUAUAAACUGCCCGGUUUGUUCUCUUUGUCAUGCAAAAUGCCUAGUGGUGUUUCUGCAAAUUCUAAAUGUACAGUGUUUGGUUUUAUGUUUUAUAACAACCCACCCAUACCUCCCCAUCAAACAUGCCUUAGUGAUGCUGCAAGGUUGCAGUAAACUAAACCCUGGACAGGAAUCACCUUGUUCAGUACGGCUUAUUAACCUGUAAAGACUUGUACAUUAUGUCAGUUAUAUUUGUCCAAUCGAAUGUUGUGUAACUUAAAAAUCUAUCAGAUUUUAACUCAUUGCACAUGGCUUUUCUUUAAUAUAAUAAAUGUGUGAAGACAUUCCUGAACAACUGGACAAUUCAGCGCGUUCCUGACCUUUCCGUACUUUUUGACUGUAGCACAGCAGAAAUGUGUAAAGGAUACCCAAGUUAUUUUACUGUCCUGUGCGUUCUUAUAGCCUCUAAUAAGAUUGUGCAGACUCUUUUCAUGACAAAGUGCACAUGCUGAUGUCAUAUGCCUGGAAUUUUGAUUCAGAGUCUUUUACAAGGAGACACGAGGAAGUUGAAUGUGAAUUGUACGGAAUGUGGAACAGUUAGAGACAAUUAAAUGGGAGAAAGUGUGACAUUGCUUUUAAAUUGUUUGCAUGAAUGGAAGAAACAAAUUUGGGUCAUGUACUCUCAGUAUCAUUUAAUGAGUGUUCUGAAUAUAAUGUAUCCAAUGCAGAAAAUUACCCUUUGUCAUGCAUGAUGUGACCUUUUACUAAUAUUUUCCUUCCAGUUUUUGAUUGCUUGUUCUUGCUAUCAAAUGGUAACAAUUUGUACUUGCCCAGUACUGGGAAUGCUCCAUGACAUUUCCCUUUGUGCUGUUGAAGUAAGUAGCAGUAGGUUCAAAAGCAACAAGAAAAAAAGAUAGCUAGUUCCAGUGAACUCAGUUACUUGCAUCAUUUAAAUAUUUUCAACCUGUUGCUUAAUUGUUUUUGUUAUUGAUGGUGAAUCCUUGUUUGAUGAUUUUUCAGUAGUGCCCAAUAAGCCUGCACAUUGCAGAGUGACAAUGAAUGCGUGUAUGACCAUGCCAGUUUGUUUGAUUGCUACUAGAUUCUGCCUUACAUAUCACAGUUUGGACACUGGGAAUAUAGAGGUGGUGUAUCUUUGGAAUUCUCUACCCCAGAGAAUGGGUUACCUCAGCAUGCUAAUGACAUGAAGCAAUAUGGGGAAAGUGGGGCGAGUGCCAGCGAGGCAGAACGUCAGUCAUAAUCAAAUUGAACGAUGGAACAAGCUCGAUGAGCUGAGUAAUCUCCUGUUUUUAUGUUGCUUCAACGGGCGUCAAGUCUGUACAGUGGGAAAAACAGAAAUGGUGAAAAUGUUUUUAAAAUUUGUCAAUGAUUUUCAGCCUUUCUAUCUGAAGCGAAGGUUUAUUGUUCAUUUGUAUGUCGUCAGUGCUGACUCAAGGUUUUGCUAUGGGAAUUGUACAGUUUCUAUAUAUGGUUUUAUACUGUUAAGCAUAUCAUAGAAUGUGUUUCAUUCAUUUGUUCAGGUCAACAUUGUUACUUCACACUUGUGUAUUUCCAAGUGUUCUCACCAGGCAGUGCCAAAGUUUGACAUGAUUAUGAUUACAUUGCUGAAAUCCUAGUGAUAACCAUACAUAUCAAAUCCUAUCCAAUUUGAGUAAAACAUAAUGAGCUGCAUCUUUCCUUGUGUUUAUCUUACAGUGCCUUCAUCCCACAUGACUCUGGUUUAUCCAUGCCCAUAUCUUGUGUAAUGUUGGGAAGUUGUCUCGAAAGGAUACGGUUCUGCACUGUUAUAGAACUCUUUCACAGAAAUUCCUUUACCAUAAGAACAGGUUGUGCUUGUUCUACAGCAGGAUCUGUAAAGGUUUGCCACAGGUUCUCCUAAUGGUCUCUGAAGGUCAAUGCUUCCAUCUCUGCAUGUUUUGUGUGACUUGUACAUAAUAUUGAGAACAGGCUGGAUGAGGGCCACUGCACAGCAACACCUGUCUUCCUAGGUUCAUCAAAACAUACAUGACUUUUAAAAAUUCAGUUUGUAUCUUAAUUUUAACCCUCAGAAUUGCCUGGUGUCUUCAUUCUGUUUUACAUGACUUCCCUAGAGUAGGUAUCAAUUUAAUUGUUUAUCCAUAACUCUGCCCGUUUGACACUUUUUACUUCUCUUGUUUUUGCAUUCCUUCACGGGAGCUGGAUGACAUCCACAUUUAUUGUCCAUCCCUGAAAAUUUUUGAGGUGGUGGGGAUUUUCUUUCUUGAGCUACUGCCCCUGUGUGUUGAAGCUGCUUUCUUGGUGCUCUCAGAAAGUGAGGCUCGGGAAUUUUCCCAUGCAUCUGCUGCCCUUUUUCUUCAAAGUGGUAGAACUUGUGGGUUUGGAAAGUGUUGUUGAAGGAGACUUAUUUGAGUUCCAUGUAUUUGGUAGAUAUUGCUGUCACUUUGUUGGCAGGGAGUGUGAAUGUUUAAGGUGUUAGAUGGUGCUUUGUCCCAAAGGGUGAUGAACUUCUUGAGCAUUGUCAAAGCUGCACUCAUCAAGGCAAAUACUCUAUCAAAUACUCUCUGAUGAAGGGUCUAGGCCCGAAACGUCAGCUUUUGUGCUCCUGAGAUGCUGCUUGGCCUGCUAUGUUCAUCCAGCCUCACAUUUUAUUAUCUUGGAUUCUCCAGCAUCUGCAGUUCCCAUUAUCUCUCUCCUCUACUCUAUCACAUAAUCUAGGUUUAGUGGUUUAAGUGCCAUGAAAGUCGUUGCAUUUUAUAUGCAUUUCUCCAUUAGCUGAGAAUGUCCUCUCUCCUCCCAACCCUACCAACAGUACUUCAGACAUUUUCUAUACACAUUCUUAUAUCUUCACGUGCUCUCAGCAGGCUUGGCUGAGGUUUUUGGAAUUACUGUGAUUGCAGAAUUGUUUGUAUAUCGUUCACAGUUUAUGGUCUUGUGCCUUGCAGAUGGUAGUUAGGCUUUGAAGAUUCAUGUGGUGAGUCACUCAUCAAAUUUCCUAGCCUCUGAUCUGCUGUUUUAAGUGUUCAUCUGGCUGAUGUGGUUAAUUUUCUAAUCUGUGGUGAUCCUACUCACCCCAUCUCUCUUCCAAAACAAAAACAGACUCUUCAUGGUGGAGUAAAGCUGCCAUUGAAUAACAAAGGGAGGCCAUUAGACUUACCUUUAUAGCAGAUGGUCAUUGAGUGGGGACUCGUGUUGCUUAGCACUUGUCAAUACAAGCCAUGCUGUCUGUGAUUACUUUGUUAUCUGAGGAAUUCUAAAUUGAACUGAUUAAAAUUCGUCAGCAAUCAUCAUUGAAUAUCCUGUCUUCUGACCUUAUAGAAAGAAGCAAUUGAAGUUGGUGAGACAACUCCAGACAUUUUGAACAUUUUCUCUCAUUUCCCGUUGAUUUGAAUUUAAUUAGAGUUUCUUAAUAAACAUUUGAUCAAAUGCAGCCUUGAUAUUGAUGAUAAUAGUCGCUAUCUCACUAAGGCUCUGAUGAGGUCUGGACAAGUAAUGCUGCUAGAGCCUUUGCUGAGCAUUGUUGAGCAGGGUAUUGAUAACUAAGUGCUGAUUGAUAACACUGUCAACAACUUUUUCCACUCCUGAUGGUUGGGAGUAGGCUGAUGAUACUUUGCCAGAUUGGAUUUGUUCUGCUUUCUGUGGAUAACACAUAGCUAAGCAUUUUUCCAUCUGGAUUCUCUAUUUAGUUGUACAAUCAUUGAAUUUUGUCCAUGAUACUCUACCUUUUCUGUGCAUUUAGUCUUAUUUUGCUUUUUGACCAGGUUGAUAUUUUAGUUCAGGGUGUGUUUUGUGUUGCUUCUGGCAUGCUGUUUCAUUUUCUCAUUUUUCAGCAACUUCUUUGUCAGGCCUGUGCUAAUAACUAGCCAGCAGAAAUGAGAGACUGACCUUCAUGAGUUCUGAUGCGUUGCCUGAAAAGGUAUUGGAGGCAGACUCACUUCCAAAAGUGAGUGGGUAAACAUGCUGAAGAAGGAAACAUCAAGGAUUGGGGAUGUUUUUGGAUAACUCCUGCAAUUGAGAGAUAUGAUGUGCUGACUGGCCAAUUCCUGUGCUGUAAAAUUCUGAAACUUUCCUCCAUGUCUGUUGGCAAAUGUCUGGUCCACUAGACAGUCUGCAUAACAUCACUGCCAGAUUCAUAGCCUGAGUCUUUGGUGAAAUACAGCAAUCCCCAGUUGUCUUCUCUCGUAUUGGCACGUUUCCGCUUUAAUACACAAGAUAUUUGAAGAAAUUAUGCAUGCGGUCACAUAUAAGAUUGCAGCAGUUUAUUUUGGCAUCUCUGCUCUUGAAACCUUUGUGCUUCUAGUCUGUCUUAUUUUAAUGAACAGAAGUAGGAAGCUUAUAUUUUUAAAACUGUCUCCCAGAGCCAAACCCACUCCCUAAAUUUUGAAUAAAGGAUUAACCAACCUAAGCAUCUACCAUCAUUUCAAAACUAGCAUCUUAAGAACUGUAAUGUGCAAUAUUCCAGUUGAUAUAGAAUACGGGUACUUGAUUUCUAAAGCAAGCUAUCAUAGAAGUGUUCCGUGGUGUAGAAAUGUCUUUUAUAGCAUUAAGUUAUGUUGGGACCUAUUGUAUUUUUAACAUGCUGUUAGAUAGUGUUCCCACAGUAUUUGCGUUUAUACCCUGGCCCAGGCAGAAUUUAGCUGGAGUGAAGUAAUGGUUGGAGGGCUACAGACCCAGACCAGUUUAGAUGUAUUAGUGAUGCACCCACUUUGGCUUGUUUCAUGUCCACUUUAGUAUUGUGUCAAUAUUGCAAUUUUGCUUGGUAAUCUUAAGGAGCUGAAAGAGAUUUUACACUAGGCUCUGUGCGAAAGUUAUCUCAUGCCUUACAAAUUCAAGAUUCUGUUGUGGGAAAUCUGCAGUGGUGUUUUUUGUACAUGGAGGCAGCAGCCUCUGAAUGCAUGAUCAUAACUUGUUUGGCUCAAUAUCAGCAAGAUUGAAGCCAUCCUUUUUGAUGAUUCUUAUAAACACAGAUCAGAUCCCAGCUUCCACCCAUCUGAAUAGUUUUCGAUCUUCAUCUGAGCUCCUACUCUCUCCAGAUUUCUUGCUCCAUAUGAACUCUUCCAACUUGCAAUAUACUGUGUCCUUUCCUGAAGUUCAGUUCAAAUCAUCUCUCCACAUUUCCAUCCUUCAUUUUUAGUUUUGCAGAAGAACCACUCCCCACGAUCAAGCACCCUAACCUUUAGUACUCCAUUCAUUGAGACACCUUCCUGUAGCCAGUCAUUUUAACAUAGUGUCCUGCUCGCAUGCCCACAAUGCUGCAGUGCUCCACUGGAGAAACAUGUUCAGACCGGGUACUUUACAACCUUCUGGACUUAAUAUUGAGCUCAACACCCUAAAAUUGUGAAUCAGCUCCCAUUCUUUCUCUUUCAUCUGGGUUUACUAGUUACAUUCUGUGUCACUAUAUCCUAUCUACCCUACCCCCUCCCCAGUGGGACUGUCUGUCCUUUCAAAUUUGGCAUUAGACAUGCCAUUGUUCUGCCAUUCGCACAUUCUGAUCACUUAAUCUGAACUAUCAACGUUCUUUAUCUCCCAGCACUCUACACCCCACCCACGCACAACUGCAGCAUAAGUGCUGCCCCCUCCACACUUAAACUCUGACGAAAAGUUAUCUAGACUGAAACAUAAGCAUACUCUCUCUCCAUGGAUGCUGCCUGAUCCGCUGUUAUCUUCAGCAUUUGUUGUUUCAGAUACUUCUGUUGAUUUCUCUAGCUAUUCCCACACUUCUACAUCUGAUAUCCUUUCUCAGAAAACCCUUCAUGUCUUGCAUCCCAGCCAUUCUCCUGUGAAUCCCCUACAUUUUCAAUCCUUCAUAUCUAAAAGUCAGAAUCUUGAAUUUCCCCACUGCAUAACUGAUAGCCAACUAACAUUCGAUGUGGUUUGACCACUUCAAAUUGAACUGAUCCUUGUUAUCCUUUUCUAAGAGCACACAUUACCCAAAGAUUAUCGUAGUAGGCAACUUUAAAUUCAAUGAAUGUGUUUGGUCUGCCAUAGGCCAGCUCAUUAAAAUUUCUAAUUGUCCCUCCAUAUUCACUUCUAACAAAUGUGAGGAACUUGUAGAUUUCUUCACCAAGAUGAAGAUCACAUUCAACUACCUCUGACAUUUAACCUCCUUUUCCACUUUAAUCCUAUUUUUCUCAAUCUCCUAUUGACCAAUUCUACCUCUUCACUGUUCUGUCAGCCCCAUUUCCACAAAAGCAGCUGCGUGUCACAGGCUGAUAUGAAUGAUUUUCUCCUGUCUUUGGUUGCCAUCACAAAUUCCAUCCCUUCUGACCAUAGCCAGUUUAAAUCAGUUUGUGUGUAAUCCUACUUGAUUCUGUGCCAACUUCUAAUCUACUGUCCCCUCUAUUAUCAAAAUUCUACUUGCUUCUAUCUCUCCAUUUCUUAACACCUAUUUCUUUGGCCAAGCUUUUGAUUAUCUCUCUCUCUCUCCUCCCCCCCCACUUUUUCUGGCUCAGCAGAAGUUCCUCCUUGUGUUUCUGUAAUGUUUGUCAAUUUGACACAGUGCAGGUGGAGUAGAUUGGGACUUUUGUUUGAACAGCUUAUGAUAGUUACAAAAUAAUUGAAUGCAGUGAUGGUAAUUGAGUUAAUUUUAAUUUGUAUUGAAGUCUUUGGAUGAAUAAUGAUCAAGACUUAACAAGGAAUUCCCAUAGUUUACAGGCCAUUUAAGGUAAAUUAUUUACAUUUCAUGUAUGAACAAUGCUGGUUGUGUUCACUAGUCCCAAGAUUUGAUUUGUUUUUCUUUGGGGAUUGAGGAGCAACUGUGUUCUCAGGAAAGAUAGUUUGAGAUUUAAUGGAUAAAAUCUGUGUUCAGGAAGGGAUUGCGCUGGCAUCUGGGUUAAUGUCAUGAAUGGGCAGUAACUGUGACAGGAUUAAAUGUAUACUGGGGACAGCCGGGAUCAGUUUAUUGAGGAAUAACUGGAAACAAAGAGAUCCUGCAACUAGUAAAGAAUGUUUUAACAGGCCCUAGAUCUCUGACAGAGUAAUCUAAUUAACAGUCUAUAUAUUUAGCAAAGUGAAAAAUUUGUUAUUCUUUUUCUGAUGUUUUCACACUAUUUUCCUUCUAUAUCUCUGUUCUUCCUUGAAAUAUUGCUAAAAAUGGACAUCUGACUAAUCUUUGAGCAUCUACUAUGGUAACUCUUUCUCUGACCCAGUGUUAGCUUUUGUCAGUAAUGCACUUGUGAAGUGCCUUGGGACAUUAUACUAUGUUACAGGUGCUGUAUAAAUGCAAGUAGUUGGAGCGUCCAGCCUUGCAUCUUUUGACAGGGGCCAGCAAUCCAUGUUCCAACAAUGUUCUCAAUCUUGUUUGUGUCAUAAUUCGGAGGCUCUAAAAUCUCUUGCACUUGCCUGAGCUUUCUAAUGGCUUGUUUCUGUCCUCCUUCAAUAUAUACAUGAAGAAUGUCCACUGAGGGGAUGUUAGACCUAUAAGAACACUCUUGCUGGUGUUUUGGAUCAAGUACCAAGUUUUAUUCUUCUAUCGCCUCUGUGAACUCUGACCUCUACUGAUUUACAGUCAAGUAAUGCCUCCAUUUCAAAAUUCUCUUCUCUGUCUCCAAGUUCCUUUAUGGCCUUGCAGCUCCAUACCUCUGCAGUCUCCUCCAGUACUACAACCCUCAGAUAACUAUAUUUCUCAAAUUCAAGGCUAUUUCGUAUCCCUGGCUUUAAUCACCAGUGGCCUCACUUUUAGUUGCAUUAGUCCAAUGCUCUAAAAGUUGCCUCCACACCUCUGCUAUUGAACCUCAGUUUACUCCUUUAAAACAUUCCUUAAAGCCUACAUCACCAAUCAAAUAUCAUCAACUCACCUGAUAUCUUCCUUUUGGUGCCUCUGUAUCAUGUGUUGCUUUAUAAUGAUCCUGUGAAGUGAUUUUGAAUGUUUUAUUAAUUA